GCAUGAGUCUCACCAUCGAGAGGGCACACCCGUAUACAAUGACGGGGGUAUAGAGCUAUUUUUGGACGACUUUCGGGGGUAUGCAGAGCAUAUGGGUUGGACGAUGACUCAGACGAGCGAGAAGCUGAGAGGAGCUGGUAGGUUUGCUCAGCCCAUCGCGAGGAUUCGUAGGGAGGCGAGGACCUGGCCAGAGGUGGAGAUAAGGAUGCAGGAGCUACGACCAUCGCCUAUGGGUCCUGACGGCAGGCCAAUCCGCCUAGAGAUUGGGAAUGUGGAGGACUUCAUCCACGCUUUCGAGCAGUUUAUGCACGGCCAGCGCAUGCUGAGGGAUGAGUGGGCGAGGGCAUUACCCUUAUGGACCAGAAAGGCGGAUAGACCUUUGGCCAGGCAGAUCAGAGACAUGGCUCGAGACUGGGAGAGCUGCAGGGCGCAUUUGAUGGAGGUUCGACGACCGGAGCCACCUCAGCCUAGGGUUGAGAGACGCCUGAGGAGCAAGAGAAAGAGGGACCCGGAGCCCAGAGAGACCAUGCCAUCGCGAGGGGGACGGAAUGCACUCGCAAGGCGAGAGGAGUUAAUACUUGAGGCUGAGGAGCAAGGGGCAUACCCCGAAUUGGGAGUGCCUCAGGCUAGUGAGGGGCAUGAUGAGCGGAGUAGAGAUAUGCCACGAGAAGAGGUCCUUGAACCUGAGCAGGAGACAAGGCAGAGAGCCGAGAGAGGUGUUGUCGAGGAGGUGAUAGAGGUUGGAGAGGACACUCCACCUCAGACGCAUGCUGCAGAGUUGGGGCCGGAAAUCACACCGGAGAUCGCCCGUGAGGAGGGGGCUCGGCAGGAGGAGGUUCCGUCCUCGCCACCAGAGGUAAUUCUGUCACCGGGAGUGAGGGUGGAGAUGGAGCGGGAAAAGACGAACUGGAGGAGAGAGACCACCUCCACAAUAGAUAGGUACCUAGCAGCACAUGCCCUCGAGCACCCUGACAUCGAGGAGCCCGUACCUAGGGAGCCACCACAAGAGCCUCGUCAGGCAGAAGGAGAGAUUGGAGCUGAGAUUCCAGGGAGAGCGGACCAUCGUACGAGAGGGAGAGUACCGGCAGGGGAGACAGCCGAGGAGAAACGGGCCAGAGUUGGGAAGCGCUUGGAGGAAAUCUGGCAGGAAAGACAGAGGUUAGAGGAGGCAGGUGCACUCCCAGAUCAACCACCACCGCCUAAGCCAUGCGGAAUCAAGGAGAUGUGGGAUGAGUUUCUCGACCAGCAUGGCAAAGGAUUGGCGACUCUAAAGAGCGCAGAAGUUGGGACAUAUAGAAAGGCAGACGAGUACCUCGACCGGAAAAUCCGCUUCCUAACCAAGACAUCCUUCAAUAGGUACCUGAUGUUGGAAGCUGAUCUGGCCGGAAAGAAAAUGAAGGAGGCAAGCCUUGGAGCACGUCUGGAGGCGGCUGAGGCGGAAGUCCGAGAGCUCAGAGAAUUGGUGGCUAGCCAGGCUGCCAUUAUCCAGGAUUUGCGGCAGCGGCCUCGAAAUGGGGAUGAAAGGACAGAAAGAAAGGAGCCUGCCAAGGUAGUGGACGGGGCAUGGAGUAGUCGGCAUGACCCUUAAAGAGAGUCAGUACUGGGCUUAUUCGGGCAACCAACUGCAGUUGAACUCCUACAGGAGCCGCCCAUGAGAAGAG